GCUCAUCUGUUCUUCAUGGGCAACUACCUAGGCAAGCCCGCCCCCCCGCAGCCUGCCUCCACCUCGGAGGCCAGGGACCUGCGGGAGAGGCCUGGCCGCCGCCCCCCGCCCAUCCGCCCCACGCCGCCGCCAGCUCCAUCAGGCCAUACCCCCGGGGUUCAUACUCACCCCUCCCUACCCACUCCUCUUCCCCGACCCUCUAGGAGGACUGCCCUCCGGGGUUGUGGCCCUGUAGCACAUCGGUUUGUAAUAACACCUCGAAGGAGAUACCCAAUCCAGCAGGCCCAAUAUGCCUCGCUGGGGGUCCUUCCCACGGUGUGCUGGAAUAGUUGUCACAAGAAGACUGUGCUCUCUGCUCGCAGUUCCAAAAUGGUGUGCAGCCCAGUGAGAGUGAGGAUUGCCCCUCCGGAUAGCAAGUGGAUUCGUCCCCCGCUAUCAGAGCAGAGUAGCAGCUCAACCGUGUCCUCCCCAUCAGCUAGUGCCCCAGACCCAUGUGCAAAGGAGACUGUGCUGAGUGCCCUCAGAGCGAGGAAGAAAAGGACGGUGAAGGAGGAAGACCAAAUACUGGCUGAUGGCCAGGAAGAAAAGAGAAGGCGCCAGGAGAGCAGUGGACGUGGACAUUCAGCAUUUGAGCCGCUGGCGGCCAGUGGAAUCCCUGCCUCUUUUGUGCCUAAGCCUGGGUCUCUGAAGAGAGGUCUCAGUCCCCAGAGCUCAGACGCCCACCUAAAUAAGAGGUCACGCACCUCUUCUCUGAGCUCCUUGACCAGCACGUACUCAGGCGGCAUGCCCAUCUCCAGCCGCAAUGCCAUCACCAGUUCUUACAGUUCUACUGGAGGUCUCUCUCAGCUGCGGAAGAGGAGGGGUCCUAGUUCAUCCCCCUUCUCCAGCCCAGCUUCGUCCUGCUCCCAGGCUCUAGCGAGGCCAGCAAAGAAAAUAAGAGAAGAGGAACUUUCUCAUCAUUCUGCUUCUUCAACUCCAUUCACAACAGACAAGGAGUCCCAGGGAGCAGAAGUUGCCGAUACAACCACAAGGGAGAAACAGAACUCGUGGAGUUCUCCACCAACACCUGGCAGCUCAGGGCGGCGUAAGCGGAAGGUGCAGCUGCUGCGGUCCUGGCGAGGGGAGCAGCUGACCUUGCCUCCACCUCCCCAGCUUGGGUAUUCAGUCACUGCGGAAGACUUAGACUUGGAAAAGAAAGCUUUGUUACAAUGGUUCAGCGAGAUCUUGGAGGAUAAGACUGAUACUGCCUUGAGCGCUGUCCCUGAGAGCCCACCUACCAGUCAGCCUCCCGUCUCUUUCAGCCCGCCUACUGCUGGGACUCCUGCCACCGAAACCUCCCUCCCAGCCCCAAGCCCUAACCCACUGCUGAAGAGCUUGAAGAAGAAGCAGGAUUCCCCCGGCCUACCAUCGCUCCCCAAGUCUGCUGGCAUGGCAACCCCUGUGGCCCAUUCGCCUCCGAAGACACCCAGCCCUCUGGCCCCUCUUGGCUCUUCACAGUCAGGGCCUCUUGCGGGCACCUCCUCAGACUCCCAAUCUACAGCCGUUUUCUGUGGCGACACCCUUACCCCCGCUUCUUCCAUAGGACCAGUCACUGACACCAAGUCACCUCCAGCCCCUCAGGCUGAGACGUCUGCCAAAUCCCAAGCCUUGUCGGCCCCACCUCCCACCCCCAAGCAGAACAUUCCUUGUGGAAUGCUGAGCACCUCACCUGCUAAGCCUCCUGCCUCUGCAGCUCCUGCUGUGUCUUCACCAUCUCCCGUGCUCGAUCCCAUUUUUUGGCCCCCUCCUAAGAGCAAGAACGAGGGCCCCUUGCCCUCUAGCCCUUCCAAGGUCCCAGCCACCACAUCUUCCAGCUCAGCCCUCCCCGCAACUACCCGCAGCCCGUCCCUCACUUUUAAACCUGGCUUUCACACCAGGGAGGCACCUGCAUCCGUGCCCAUGGUAACUCCCUUCUUCAAGCAGGCAGCUCCUCCAGCCAGUGCUAUGAGCGCCCCUCUCUUCCCUGGCCAGACCGGCGCCACCUCUGCAGUGGCUGCUGUGACCACAGCUGGCACCUCCGUAGACUCUGCUCUGAAGCCCGUGUUCAGCUUCUGUCUGAGCAGCAUGACCAGCACCCUGAGCAGCGUGACUAGCACCACCGCUUCCACCUCCCAGCCCUUCCUCUUUGGGACUCCCUCUGCCUCUGGUGCCAGCUUCACAAACCCAGCUGUGGGUUCCAGCUCCAUAGUCCAGCUUGGUAAGCCUCCCACCAUGCCUCCUUCAAGAGCAGUCACCAGCUUUGGCCAGUCCCUUCCCGGUGCCCCUCAGGCAGUGGCCAGCAGCAGCAGCAGCAGCAGCACUGCUGGCUUUAGUGAUUUGGGCAGCAGCCUUCCAGCCUCUGCCCCAGCCACCACCAGCCAGGCCACGCUGACAUUCAGUAGCACCCCCUGCCCAGCCAUCAGCAUUCCCUUUGGCUCAAGUGCCAAGCCCUCUCUCUCAUCAUACCCAGGAUCCAAGGCCCAGCCCAGGUUUGGGGCCACUGAUGGGCAGCAGCAGUGGGCUGCCAAGCCAUCCCUUGUCCCCAGCUUGUGCAGCUCCUUCACGUUGGGAAACUCUGCAGCCCCCGCCCCAACUGCCACUCCAGCCGCAGCCCAGCCAGCCUUUGGCAGCACCACAGCCGUUUUCUCCUUUGGUGCAGCCACCACCUCUGGCUUUGGAGCUACAGCCCAGACAACCGGCAGUGGGGCCAGUCGCUCCAGUAGCACGACACCAUCUCCCUUCACGUUUGGGGGAUGGGCAGCCCCACCCUCUGGCAGCAGAGGCUUUGGGAUCAGUGUGGCUUCCCCAGGCACCAGCUCUGCCUCAGGAGCCUCUGGCUCCGGAGCAAGACAGAGUGGGACCGCUGGCAGCACGACUCCUUUUGUGGGAGGCUUGAGUCAGAAGAGCCUGGGUGCGCCCAGCCAGAACACAUCCUUUGCCCUCAAUGUGGCCUGCACUGCAGAGAGCAAACGUGUGUUUGGAGGCGCCUCCACGCCCACCUUUGGUCAGAGCACCCCUGGCCCUGGGGUGGGCACAUCAGGCAGCAGCCUCUCCUUUAGGGCGUCCUCAACACCCAUCCAGGGCUUUGUUAGAAAAGGACCUUCCUUUUCCAUUGGUGUGGGAUCCAAGCCCCCAGGGGCUUGGCAACGCCUACAGGCCCGGAGGCAGCACACUAGCAAGAAGUAG